CUCACUCCAUCACCAUGGCCGUUACUAACUUCAUUCUCAUUACUAAUCCUAACUAUGGCCGCUGCAAUGUACUUCAACGGAGUAUCUAACGGUGGAUUCCUUGUUAUCAUCGGAUUCAUCACAACUGUGAGCUCAAUGGCUCUAUGGUUCCGAGACGUUGUAGCAGAGGGAACUCUAUUAGGAAACCACACAUUUGCUGUACAAAAAGGUCUUAACCUUGGUGUAGCAUUAUUCAUUAUCAGUGAGGUAUUCUUCUUCAUCUCAAUCUUCUGGGCU